UCACAGGUGACCUCACAGGUGACCUCACAGCUGACCUCACAGCUGACCUCACAGCUGACCUCACAGCUGACCUCACAGCUGACCUCACAGCUGACCUCACUGCUGACCUCACAGCUGACCUCACAGCUGACCUCACAGCUGACCUCACAGCUGACCUCACAGCUGACCUCACAGCUGACCUCACAGCUCAGGCGCCGUCUCCACGUCAUAUUUGGCCGUUUAUUAGAAAACUGGAACGAUUAUUUAUUACUUUUUUCUCUUGAUCCACGUUUUAUAAAGUACUUAAAGGUCUUUCUGGAGAAAGCAGCUCGAGUAGAAUUAGAAAAUACACAACCGGAAGAAAUCUGCCCCUUCCUCACAGAGCCCCUCCUCCAACACACGAACACGCUCAUGACCAAUGAGGGCAGAGAUGAGUUUGUGCCCAGAUGGAAGGCUGACAGGCAGCUCCAUGUUCUUUCGCCAGCUGAUCCCCGCCUUCCUCCCCCUCAGACCUCCCCCUCUCUUCAGAAGCAGCUACACCUCCUCCUCCUCCUCUUCCUCCCACUUCCACUUCCGCCCCGCUCCUCCUCCAUGGUGGUCGGCCCAGUUUCCUCCUCGUCCUCCUCCUCCAUCCUGUCACUUCUCCUCCUGCAGGACGUUUCCUCCUCGGAGCGUCACCGACGCUUCAAACUUCAGAGGAAGCCGCUCCUUCUCCGCGUCCGCCGGCCUCCUGAUGGAGCAGUCGGACCGAGAGCCUCCUCACAAGCGACAGAAGAGUGCGGAGAAGGAGGAACGGGAACAAAAAGGAGCGUCGAACCGAGAUCGAGGAUCCAAAUAUCACCCGGACUCCUACAGAGACCCUCGGUCGAACCACGGAGACGGAGGCAGAAGCCGGGAGGACGGAGACGGAGAAAGGACUAAGAGUUGCAGUAAAGACAGACCGAGUGAUAGCAGUCGAGAUGAGACUGCUAACGAGGGGAGGAGUCCGUCGAGCUCCAGGAUUCAGAGCACCCUGAAGUCAAAACCUGAACAGGAUCACGUCUCCACACCCAAAGCAAACGCCUGGUUCAAAGAGAGGGGGGAGGAGCCUCACUCCCAUCAUCCCAGCAGCGCGCCCCAAAGCCAGUGGCCGGGGAAACCAGGGAGACCUCUGCAGAGACACUGGCAGUCCUCCUCUCCUCCCUGCAGUACUGAACCCCGUCCACCAGGGAGCAGCGCAGAGUUUGACUUCUCCGUGAUGUCCUACAACAUCCUGUCCCAGCAGCUGCUGCAGGAAAACAUCUACCUGUACCGCCACUGCCCCCCCGCGGUGCUGAGCUGGGACUACAGGCUGCCCAACCUGCUGGCAGAGAUCCAGCAGCACGACGCUGACAUCCUGUGCCUUCAAGAAGUCCAGGAGGAUCAUUAUGUAGAGCAGAUCAAACCAGCUCUACAGGCACUGGGUUACCAGUGUGAGUUCAAGAAGCGAACAGGAAGUAAACCCGACGGUUGCGCGGUCAUCUUUAAAUCCUCCCGCCUCUCUCUCCUCUCGUCCAAUCCCGUGGAGUACUUCCAACGUGGCGACGCCCUCUUGGACCGAGACAACGUGGGAUUGGUCCUACUGCUGCGACCUAAAGACGCCCGCAGCCAAUCAGAUGCCUCCUCCUUCAUCUGCGUGGCCAACACUCACCUGCUCUACAACCCUCGCCGGGGAGACAUCAAACUGGCCCAGCUGGCCAUCCUAUUGGCCGAGAUAAACCGGUUGUCCCGCCUCCCGGACGGAUCGACCAAUCCAGUGGUUCUGUGUGGGGAUUUUAACUCGACACCACGGAGUCCGUUGUACAGCUUCCUGGCCAAUGGGAGUCUGAAGUAUAAAGGCCUUCAGAGCAGCAUGGUGUCCGGUCAGGAGUUAAUUCCUCGGGGUAAGCGUUUCCUCACCGCUCCUCUCUGGUCUCAGACUCUGGGAAUCAGCCCUCAGUGUCAGUAUGAGAGCAGCCGCCCCCCCGCUGACUCCUCCCCCUCAGUAGAAGGAGCGAUCUCUAACCUGCCUGUAGAAGAUCUGGCAUCUAAAGCUGCUUACG